AUGAUUCUCUCUCUGGCCGCAGUGACAGCCAUGAGUAGCGGUGGCGGUAGCAGCCUCAACUCCUCCUCCCCCUUCGACCUCUUUGACUCCUCCACCUCCUGGAGCCUGGCCGAGGACCCGUCCAACUCCUCCUCCGAGCCCGUCGUGCGAACUCUGACCCCCGAACUCCAGCCAGCGACCACUGCCGUUGCUGUCCAGGAAGUCAGCCCCUGGGAUAUUGCACUUUGCGUGACUGGGACGCUCAUCUCCUGUGAGAACGCUUUGGUGAUAGCCGUGCUGUUCUACACGCCGACGCUCCGGGCACCAAUGUUCAUCUUGAUUGGAUCGCUGGCGGUGGCAGAUCUUCUGGCCGGCCUGGGCCUCAUCCUGAACUUUGUCUUCACCUAUCUGGUCGAUAACUCGCUGGAAUAUGUGACACUGUUGUCAGUCGCACUGCUCAUCUCGGCUUUUUCGGCAUCCGUCCUCAACAUUCUUGCCAUCACAGUGGACCGGUACCUGUCGCUUUACAACGCCCUGACUUACCACACUGAGCGGACAGUCACCUUCACCUACGUGAUGGUGGUUCUCAUCUGGGUGUUGUCCCUCACGCUUGGCUUGCUGCCGGCGUUUGGCUGGAACUGCUUGAAAGACGAGUCCACGUGCAGCAUCUGCAGGCCCGUCACCAAAAACAACGCGGUGGCGCUCGCCGUCACCUUCCUCCUGGUUUUUGCCCUGAUGAUGCAGCUCUACCUUCAAAUUUGCAAGAUUGCCUUUCGCCACGCGCAGCAGAUUGCAGUGCAGCACCAGUUUGUGGCCAUCUCCACCACCAAAGGUGUCUCCACACUGUCGGCCAUCCUGUGUGCCUUCGGGGCGUGCUGGCUGCCGUUUGCCAUGUACUCCAUCGUGGCGAACUCCAGUUACCCUGUGAUAUACACCUACGCCACGGUCCUCCCCGCCACCUGUUGCUCUGUGAUCAACCCCAUCAUCUACGCGUUUCGAAACCCGGACAUCCAGAAGUCACUGUGGAUGGCCUGUUGUGGGUGUGUCCCAUCCAACCUCUCCCUCAGACCCAGGACCUCCAGUGACGUGUAGCAGGGAAGGUUGGUUUCUGUUUGGCAUGACGCUAGAUGCUAAGUCAGGGCUGCAUGAGGGAGAGGAUGGCAUGGGGAGAAAGGUUGAAGGUUACGGCUGAGGAAAGAGAUUUCCUCUACCCUUCAUAUCAGGGCUGAUGGUUGACGCAUGUAUGGCCAUGGUAGUAAGGCCGGCAAGUGGCGCCGGCACAGGGAGACGGGAGGACAGUGCAUGGUCAACAAAAAGAUAAGAGCUAACAAGAUCAUGUCCUGCCUGCUUGGAGAAAACCAACAGAGGUGAUGGAGGUGGCGUGAAACCAACUGCAAAACAAAGACUGAGGUAUCAUCAUCAAGCUGCAGGGGGUGUGUCAGGCGAUGCUUUUCAACUG